GGAAAACUGAACCGAAUCAAAUUUAUGAUUUGUGUAGCCAUUUCAAACAGAGCAGGAGAGAAAUUGAAUAAUAUACUGAAAAAAGGUAGAAAGAGCAAGCGGAAGCAGCAAAGAAAGAGAGACACAGACAGAUAGACAGUGCAGCAGCACAAGGUGAAGGCCUGAAGGGGAUAAAUUUCUGCGCUCUCAUCUCUUCUCAAUUCAUAUUUGCGUAGUGGAGUUCCUCUUCGGGUCAGCUUCAACUCAUCCCGUGCUGAAAAGGCCUCUCUACCCAAUUCCGACUCCCCACCCACUGAACCAGCAGAUCAAGUGUUGUCAAUUUGCUGCUCAAAACCUCACAAGGGUCUCUCUUGAUUAGUACCCUGAAAUUUCCUUGCUUUCUUCAUUCUUAAUCAUCGGCUUCUCAGAGGUCAACUGGGUUGGCGGGAGAUUUUGGUCAAUUGAAGUCUGGUUGCCCGCCUGUUACUUCUUCUGGACCUUGAAAUGUUGAACUUUUGAAUUUUAAUGGGUACAAGGUCUCUUUCCGUCGAUACUCCUGAUUCUCUUUAUGAAAGAGAUCUGGUAGAGGGAGCUGGUAAAGUUAGCCGAGGUGGAGGAAGCUUCAAAAACCACGAGUCCAGUUUGGUGGUAGAGCAGAGGUCUAGUCCAGUAAGAAGAGAGGCAGUCAACAGGUCACCGUUUGCAAUGAAGUCACAUGUAAAUGGAGAGAUUGAUUUGGAAGAUGGAAAGUCAGAAAAGCCUGUAGAUAAGGUUAUACGUAGUAACAAACUUAUGGUGCAUAAUCAGGCUUUAUUAGCUGGCCUAGCAUAUUGUAUUUCUUCCUGCAGCAUGAUACUGGUCAACAAAUUUGUGCUUUCCAGCUAUAACUUCAAAUCUUCAAUGCUGGUAUAUCUUUGAUGUUGUACCAGAACUUUAUUUCAGUAAUCAUUGUAUCAACGUUGAGCUUCCUGGGUAUAAUCUCAACAGAACCAUUAACAUGGAGACUAAUCAAAGUCUGGUUGCCUGUUAAUGUCAUAUUUGUCGGAAUGCUCAUAACAAGCAUGUUUAGUUUGAAGUAUAUCAAUGUCGCCAUGGUCACAGUUUUGAAGAACGUGACUAAUGUUAUCACUGCAGUAGGCGAGAUGUAUCUAUUCCAGAAGCACCAUGAUAAUAGAGUGUGGGUGGCUUUAUUCUUAAUGAUUGUUUCAGCCAUUUCUGGAGGCCUCACCGAUCUAUCUUUUCAUGCCGUUGGCUACACAUGGCAAAUCAUAAACUGCUUUUUGACUGCAUCAUAUUCGCUCACUCUACGUAGGGUGAUGGACACUGCGAAGCAAGUUACCAGAUCUGGGAACCUAAACGAGUUCUCAAUGGUCAUGCUCAACAACACUCUUUCUCUUCCCCUGGGCCUUGUUCUUAUAUUUUUAUUCAAUGAGGUGGACUACCUCACCACAACUCCCCUUUUGAGAUUACCAGUCUUCUGGCUAAUAAUGACAUUGAGUGGGUUCCUGGGUCUUGCUAUCAGCUUCACUUCUAUGUGGUUUCUUCACCAGACUGGGGCUACCACAUACAGCCUAGUUGGAUCGUUGAACAAGAUUCCUCUAUCUCUUGCUGGCAUCCUGUUGUUUAAAGUACCUACAAGCUUGGAGAACUCUGCUAGCAUCCUCUUCGGUUUGGUGGCUGGAGUAUUUUUCGCCAGGGCAAAAAUGCGUGAGAGACCGUAGUUUGCUGGCAGAAUCUGGCAAAAACGCUGAUGUAUACAAAGUUUAGCAUCUCCACCUUAGCUCAGGGAAGUGCAUGAAACCCUGCUAACUUCGAGAACCACUGGUCCAAAUAGAUUUUGUACACUAAUUUACCAGGCACCGCCAUCUCGGUUAUCUGCUACUACGCCUUAUGCUUCUGCAAUACAAUGGGAGGUCUGUAUUCUAGCUUUACUGCCAUCCAUUUUGCCUGUGAAAUUUGGUGUAUUCAUCCGUGUACUUUUGUUGGGCAAUACGCCAUUAGUCCAUUACAUCUUGAUGAAUGAUCAAGGUAAGGUCCUUGCAAAAACCAUUCUUCAUCGCAGAUUUCAUAAUGUGUCCUAUUUACUUCUCCUACAAUAGACGAAUUGUAGAAACAGAAUGAGGUAUAAGAUUUAAGAUUGGAAGUGAAGUGACGAACACGAGUUUUCAAUCUCUAUUCAUUCACGAUACGAAAGAUACAAUGAUAAAAUAUCUAUACAUCAGCUGGGUACAGGUGUGAUAAAAGUUUGUGGCAAUCGAGCAAAACUUGGUUAGCCUCAAGACGCAGAGUUCUCGGCUGCAGUUGAUGAUUCUUCUGGCUGGAUCUCUGACUUAACCUCUACCUGAGGAGCUUCUGAUGCAGCGGAAUCUGUUUCUGUUGCAGCAGAUUCUGUCUGCACAGGUGGCGUAGCACACUCCGGUUCCGUCGGCACCGCCGCAGCUUGGACGACCUCCGGUGGCUUGUACUUGUUGAUGUAGUAUGUCAAAGAUGGACCGUUGUAUUGAGCUGUCUGCACUUGAGGCGGUGGUGCGUUCUUGUUGACCUGAAGCAGAAUCGACGAAGCUGCAGCGAUGGCAAUCAGGGCAAGUCCGCCGGAGAUCGCAGCUGUGUUUUCUGCUCCGCUGGAUGAAGAACCUGCUGCCCCGGAACUUAUAGCGCUCUCGGCUACAUAAACCGUCGGCUCGACGGGGUAGAUAUUGGUCUGGCCGGCGGUAUCUUUCUCGACGUAGCCUGUGUAUUGCCGACCACCGCGCGUGCGAGGUGGGAAUGUUCCCACCACUUUGGUUUUCUCCUCGGCCUUCCACUCCAUGCUUAUCUUCCCAACCUAACGAAUCCCAACCCACAGACCACAAACAGCAAUCGCAUCAGCCACUAAAUUCUCUGCUAGACAUAAUAACAAACACCUCACAGGCACGAACGAGAGAAGCACAAAAAACUGCAGACUUGUUUUGCGAAAGAAGGGCUAAAUUAUCGAUUUUGGAUAGAGCCCAACUCUCACCUCCUUCUCAGGAGCACAUUCUUCGGUGUUGCAAUCGGAAUCGACCUCGGAAGAAGAAGCUCGGACGGUGAAAAGCUUCGAACUUGGCCGCCUGCCGCUCUGGAAUCUGGGCCAUCCCCUGUUUGAAGCUGUGAAGGAGCAGGCGUUGGCUGAUGAUAUGAUUGCCUGGGAAGAAGAAGCGCUUGCCAAAGCCAUGACCUUUCUCCCUCUCUCCCUUCCUAGACUUCACCUCGACACUCCGAUAGGAAUUGAUUCAACAGCUGGACUGGCAGAAAUGAACGGGGGAAAUCGAAACCCCACUCCAGCGAUCUGAGAGAG